AGAGGAAGGUGAAGAACACAAUGAACUAAAGGAUGAACAUCAGGACCACAAUUUUAUGACUGACAGCUGCUCAGAAACUGAUGAGAAUUCCCAUCAAGAAAGAGUUAAAGCCAAAAAUGUUUUUGAAUGCCAUCUUUGUGGUAAGACUUUCUCACUAAAAGGGAACCUAACGUAUCAUCUGAAGAGUCACAUUGGUGAGAGGCCUUAUGCUUGCUCCCACUGUGAGAAGACUUUUUUCCAAGAAUGUCAUCUUAGGUAUCACAUGAUGAGUCACACAGGUGAGAGGCCUUUUGCCUGCCCAUAUUGUGAUAAACGUUAUAUUAAAAAAGGAACUCUUAAUACUCACUUAAAGACUCACAGUACUGAAAGGCCAUACGUCUGCGCUCAAUGUGGAAAGAGUUUUUCAUGGCAGGGACUAUUAAAUGCUCAUGUGAGACGCCACACUAGUGAUAAGCCGUACACCUGCUCUCAUUGUGGAAAGAGUUUCUUAUUUAAAUCACGUCUACAGAUUCAUAUACGAAUUCACACUGGAGAGAAACCUUUUAAAUGCCCUCAGUGUGAUAGGAGUUUUGUGCAACAAGGAGGUCUUAGGUAUCACAUAAGAAUUCAUACAGGUGAGAAGCCUUUCUCGUGCCAUCUGUGUGGUAAGGGUUACAUACAUCCACAAGGUCUGAGACUGCAUUUGCAGGUUCACUUGAAUGUAAGGCCAUUUAGUUGCGAUCAGUGCGAUAAGAAGUAUGUUUCAUCAACUCUGUUAAAAGAGCACAGACAGACUCAUACAGGUGAGAAGCCGUAUUUGUGUUCUGUUUGUGGGAAGAGUUAUCCAUCACUUAAAAGAGUUAAAUUGCACCAGAAGAGGCAUUCGGGUGUAAAGUGCUCUCUGUGUGAAAAUGUAUUUCUGGGACCCAAAGAGCUGGAGCAGCACCAGAAGAUCCAUAAUGGAGAAAACCCCUAAAAGUAAAGAAUUUUAUUGAGUCUGGACGCUGAUAAAACACAAGUGACUGUAUACUGGAGAGAAGCUGCAAUGCAGAUAAACCUUAUCCCUGGACCACAAAACCAGUCAUAAGUCAAACUGGUAUAUUUGUAGCAACAGCCAACAAUACAUUGUGUGGGUGAAAAACAAUAUGCAGUUUAGUGAUAAUGAUAUCAUUGCAUUGUGACUAUAAGAUAUUAAGUUUACAGGCUAUUGUGGAUUUUGGUAGAGUUGUACAAACGUUUGUACUUUGUGGUAUAAAAAUAAAUGGUUGUGUUUUAUAUCAUACUUCAUUUGGUAAUUAAUACAUUUAAGCUAAUCAGCGUAUUAAUGUGUUGCCUUAACCACAUACUCAUAUUUUCAAAACAAAACAAGCAGGAUUUUUGCCUUUUAAAGUUUUUUAUUUUAUUGUAAAAAAUACAUUGAAAUAAGAAUAGCCAGGGCUGCACGUAUUGGUUAGACUGAAUAAUCGACCUCAAGUAGUCUGCUGUCCCAUCCUCGGGUGUUCUUCUGAGUCUGAACUUGCAAGUCCGAACUUGGCGUUCUUUGUAUUGAAAAACGGCCCGAUUCCUCUAAAAGCAAAAGAAAUACACUUAAAAAUUUCACAUGAAAUGUAUUCUUCUAGCAAAUUCCUUAAUCAAAAUAUUAAAAUGGAAUUUGUCCUGUUUUCUUUUUUGCAAUAGCCAUUCUGAAUACACUAAUCAUAUCAAUAAUGAUCAUACCUUUAUUUCAUGCAUUAUUUUUUUUUUACAAUUUUUUUGGGAGAUUUUAAUUUUCUAAAUAACAUUGUAAUGUUGGCAAAAUAUUUAAUUCAUAAACUUAGAUUCUUGAAAUCCCUUCCAAUAUUUAUUGUAUCUAGAAACAAUGUAAACUUUUUUCUAAAGCCCUGGCCAUAAUAAGAGGUAGAAGUGUUUUUUGAUAUCAUAUAAUCUAUUUUGAUAUUUCCCUUGAUAGUUAUUUUUUACUUAUGUUAAUCUUAAACUAUAAUAAUCUUUUAUUUAUUUUAUUUAUUUUGACUAUGCUUUUUGUUUAAGUUGCGUUGAGCUUUUUAUGUCAAUCGCUUCAUGUAGAAUGAAAACAUUUGCCUUUGUUGUAAUUAAAGUUUUGUAUUUAAUAAAAAAAGAUUAAAUAAGGAGACUUUUAUUUUGGUUCUUGAAGACUAUCGUGUGGUGACGUCAUAAGGAGUGCGCUACCCAUCGUCUGUCGGUUGAGGCACAUUGAGGUGUCUAUGUGAGCCCUAAUGAUGGAGUGUGUUAAAGAGGAGACUGAUCCUGAAUCAUUCACAAUAACACCUCAACAUACUCAACAACAAAGAGAUUUGGUGGAAGUGAAAGAGGAAGAUCAAGAACACAAUGAACUAAAGGAUGAAGAUCAGGACCACAAAUUUAUGACUGACAGCUGCUCAGAAACUGAUGAGAAUUCCUCUCAAGAAAGAGUUAAAGCCAAAAAUGUUUUUGAAUGCCAUCUUUGUGAUAAGACUUUCUCACUGAAAGGGAACCUAACGUAUCAUCUAAAGAGUCACACUGGUGACAGGCCUUAUGCUUGCUCCCACUGCGAGAAGACUUUUUUCCAAGAAUGUCAUCUUAGGUAUCACAUAAUAAAACACACUGGUGAGAAGAAGCCUCACGCAUGCUCCCAGUGUGAGAAGGCUUUCCUCCAAAAAUGUCAACUUAAGCAUCACAUGAUGGUUCACACAGGUGAGAGGCCCUUUGCCUGCCCAUAUUGUGAUAGACGUUAUAUUAAAAAAGGAACUCUUAAUACUCACUUAAAGACUCACAGUACUGAAAAGCCGUAUGUCUGCGCUCAAUGUGGAAAGAUGUACACAUUUAGAUCACAUCUUAAGAAUCAUAUGAUAACUCACAGUCAGACAAAGCCUUUUUCAUGCCCUCAGUGUGGAAAAAGUUUUUCACAUAAGAGCAACUUAAAUGCUCACGUGAGACGGCACACUAGUGAUAAGCCGUACACCUGCUCUUAUUGUGGAAAGAGUUUCUUAGGUAAAGCACAUCUACAGGAUCACAUACGAAUUCACACUGGAGAGAAACCUUUCAGGUGCCCUCAGUGUGACAAGAGUUUUGCGCAACAAGGAGCUCUUAGGCAUCACAUACGAAUUCAUACAGGCGAGAAGCCUUACUCGUGCCAUCUGUGUGAUAAGAGUUACGCGCAGGCACAAGGACUGAGAUUUCAUUUGCAGGUUCACUCGAAUGAAAGGCCUUUUAGCUGCGAUCAGUGCGAUAAGAAAUAUUUUUCAGCAUCUCUGUUAAAAGAGCACAUAAGGACUCAUACAGGUGAGAAGCCGUAUUUGUGUUCUGUAUGUGGGAAGAGGUUUCCAUCACUUAAAACAGUUAAAAUGCACCAGAAGAGGCACGUGGGAGUGAAGUGCUCUGUGUGUGAAAAUGUAUUUUUGGGACCCAAAGAGCUGGAGCAGCACCAGAAGAUCCAUAAUGGAGAAAACCCCUGAAAGUGUUCACAUUGUGGAAAGAGUUUUAUUGAGUCUGUAACGCUGAUAAAACACAAGUGACUGUAUACUGGAGAGAAGCUGCACCGCUGUCAUUCAUGUCGGAGAAGUUUCAGACGAUCACACAGCUGCAGACUCACAGAGAAAAGCGCUGACUGCAAAGAGUAAACAAAGAUCAACUUCAGUCUUUAGGUCCAUGCACAUGAUGUGAAAUGCAGAAAAACCUUACAACUGAAAUUCUUUCUAAACAAUUAAUUUCAAUGUAUUAUAUCUACAAUAGCAACAUGUUAAUUUAAUAAAGUAAAAUUACACGAUAAAGAUCUCCAGGGGCCUUAUUUUAAAAACAGCAUAGAUUUCAUCCUUGAAGUGUGCAUAUGCAUAUACACUGUAAAAAGUGAAAAGUUGGAUAAACAUACAAAUUACUUCAACUUGUAAAGUGCAGUUUAUACUCGUAUGUAUGUGUGAUUGCAUGAUGCAAGUAUAAUAAAUCCU